AAGCCCGCGCGCGAGCCAUCACCGCCGGUUCCAGACCCGUUCCCGCUACUCUCGAGGAACCCUCCCCCUGACCGCAGCCAGCUCCAGGCGCCCGUAGCGGCACACCGUCCGCCAAAGAAGCACAUCCCGGAGCAGACGCCGCUGUUUGUCGGCUUCACGCGCAACUGGCCCCAGCUGCUGCAGUGCGUCGUGAGCUACAUUGCGGCAGGGUGGCCGCCCGAGGACAUCUACGUGGUCGAGAACACGGGCGUUAUGUUUGCGAACAAGGAGGGCAAGCUGACGUUGCAGAAUCCGUUUUAUCUGAAUCAUACUCAGCUGGAGUUGCUGGGGGUGAAUGUGAUAAUUACACCAACCCUCCUCACCUUCUCACAACUCCAAAACUUUUACCUCUGGACAUCCCUAACCCACACCCCUCCCUUCCCCUAUUUCUUCUGGACGCACCAAGACCUUCUCGUCUUCCGUUCCCACCCACCGCCCACACCCAGCCUCUACGACUCCGCCGUGGGCGUGCUUCGGUACCUGACCAACCCAGCAACCACCGCCGCACCGCGCUGGGCGCAUUAUUUCUUCGCCUACGACCACCUGACGCUCGUCCACCGCGACGCGGUGCUGUCGGUCGGCGGGUGGGACACACACAUACCCUUUUACGCGUCCGACUGCGACAUGUACGUGCGCCUGAUGUGGGCCGGGUACUGGCAGGGUGAGCAGGGGCAGGAGCAGGACCCCGUCGGGAUUAUACUUGAUGUGGCGAGCGUUUUUGACGAUCUUGGCGCGCUGUUGGGGGUGAAGGGGGUCAAGGCUAGUGUUAGGGGGUUGGGGUUGGGGACUGAAUGGGGGAAUGGGACUGAUGAGGAUGACGGUGGGGAGGAUUAUGUCGAGACGCGCGAGAGGCUGCUCGAGCUGGGAUAUCAAAUGGAAAAGGCCAAGUACGCCGAGGGCAACGGCUGGCGGAACACCUGGCAGGUGCGGCAGACAGGGGGCCAGGGCGAGCCCUUCUACCGCGACCCGGAGGGCUUUGAGAUUGGCGUGCGCAUGAUGAUUGAUACGGGUCGGAGCGUCUUUGCUGAGAAGUGGGGGCACCGCGGGUGCGACAUUGCGCGCGCGGGGAUCAAGGCUGAGGAUGCAUGGCGCUUGGAGAGGGAUUGGGAUGAGGAGACGGAGGGGGCGGGGUCU